UCUAGAAAUUUCAGCUCAAUCCGAGCAUAUUUAAGGGUGAACUUCAGCCCGCGAGCACACCUGUUCUUCCACCUCCUAUUCUGGUUGUGUGGUUGAAGACAACCUCUUAUUUUAUCUAUGACUAUUUAGCAACCCCUUUUCAACUUAAUUUUGUUCUAUUUCCCCUUCUAUUUUAAUACCAGAAAACUCCUUUCUUUUCAAAUUCUAUUUACACUUUGUUCCUUCACUUGCUUAAUUUACUCUUAUGGCACUACACUGCUCAAGAAAUUACAGAAUUGCUAUUGGCUUUAAUUUUUUAGCCAUUUAUCAUUUGGGCGGGCCGAUAGUGUCCAAUAAUCAGAGUUAUUGAACCCUAGGUUGCAUCAAAAUCAAGUUAACCUGUGGUCCCCUCCCCCUUUUCAUAUUUUAUGCGUAAAACUAUUUUCCUUUUAUUCUUACAGACUUUUCCAUAUCGGUUAAACAAAUACUAAAAUAUCAACCAUCUCCCUGCGUGUUUUCUUUCCUUAUUUACUCCAUGAUGUGCCCUUUGUCAUCUAUGAAGCUUUGAUGUUAGACAACUAAGCUUUAUUUUGAUCAAAUCCAUUACUGGCUGCAGUAAUGCCAAGCCCUCUCUUCUGAAGAUUAACGACUAAAAUUCCACUACAGAUUUUGAUCUAACUGUUGGUCCAGAUUCCAGUUGUUUAAGCAUCCAUUUUCCAUAAAGGAGCACGCAUUUUGGGUACUCCUGUAGGAAAAUGCUGGAUUGUCGUCUUCAUUUUCCUCUCUAGAAGAUCUUAUUAACAUUUGUGUCCAUGCUAAUUCUCUUGUUAAUUAAUCUCUUUAGUUGUAUUAUGGUUAUAUUUUGAUGAUAACUAUUAGACUUUGAUUAUUGUGCGGUAGCUGAUCAUGCAGAUUGCUGUACUAGAAGAGGAACAGAAGAAAGAAUCCACAGAAAAAGCUGAAGAAGAAGCUAAACCAAGUGAUACUGAUCCAUCUGCUGGGGUAGAGUCCAAGAGUGAUGGUUCCGAUGGAAAACCUGACAUUAAUGAUGUGCCAAUGGAAGGAGCUCAGGUGUCAGACAAGGAUCAAUCAGCUCCACAAGAAUUGAGUGAAACUAGUUUGGAUUUGAGUUUGGGCUUGAAACCCGGUGAUAGUGAUCAUGAUGCCAAUCCAAAAACAGAAGAUCAAAGUAAAGACGACCAACCAGAGGGUGUGAACUGAGCUGCUGUCGGAACAUAAGAUUAAUCCCAAUUAAAAAAAAAAAAAAAUCCAUAAGCUAUGGGAAACAGCUUAGAAAGUGUCUGAUCCAUCUCUUCUGGAGCCUUGUUCUGGGCUCUCUCUUCUCCCAUGUUUUAUCUCUGCAGGAUUUCUCUUUUCCCUCAUUUUAUCUAUAGGGGAAGUGCUUGUGGAGGAAAAAUUAUUUGUGCCUUGCCUGUGUCUCUUUGCCGCCCUUAUUGCACAAUUUAUGAAUUUAUUCAUUGAAGAUGAAUUUCUUCAUGGUC